CUGGUAAAGCCCAGUAGCCGCGUGCAGGCGGCAUGGACGAGCAGCGCUCCUCCAGGUGAAGGGAAGAAGCGGCGAGUUGUAUUAGCGGAGCGGGUUGGUCAGCAGAGCAGCGCGUCCCCUCCACCUCUCACCUCUCACCUCCACCUCUCACCAUGGUCCUGAAGGCGAUGUGAGUGAUCAGAGCACGGCCGGCAAUCACUAGGAGCCCCGGGGAUGGAGCGCUGGUGAGGAGUAGUGUGCUGCACGCUCGGGGUUGGGUUCCCGGCAUCUUCUUCUUCUAUAUCCAGGAGGUAGGGAAUGCUAUCUCCACCUCUGCAUCAAUGUUUCACUGGAACAAGUGGAAGAAGAGGAUGGGGGCCAACAUCUCCUCCAAAAGACCCGUGUUUGAUGAGAAGGAGGACGUGAACUUGGAUCAUUUUCAGAUUCUUCGGGCAAUUGGCAAGGGAAGCUUUGGCAAGGUUUGCAUUGUUCAGAAGAAAGACACAGAGACAAUGUAUGCCAUGAAGUACAUGAAUAAACAGCAGUGCAUUGAGCGGGACGAAGUGCGCAACGUUUUCCGGGAGCUGGAGAUCAUGCAGGAAAUUGAACAUAUCUUUUUAGUUAAUCUUUGGUAUUCCUUCCAGGAUGAAGAGGACAUGUUUAUGGUUGUAGACUUACUCUUGGGCGGAGAUCUUCGAUAUCAUCUACAGCAAAAUGUCCAGUUUACGGAGGAGACUGUUAAGCUGUAUAUAUGUGAAAUGGCUCUAGCUUUAGACUACUUGAGAAGUCAACAUAUAAUCCAUCGAGAUGUAAAGCCAGACAACAUUCUCCUUGAUGAACAAGGCCAUGCUCAUCUGACGGACUUCAAUGUGGCGACUAUAAUCAAAGACGGCGAAAGAGCUACCGCAUUAGCUGGAACCAAACCAUACAUGGCUCCAGAAAUUUUUCAGUCUUUUGUUAAUGGGGGAACUGGCUACUCGUUUGAGGUGGACUGGUGGUCAUUAGGAAUAAUGACAUUUGAGCUACUCCGAAGCUGGCGACCGUAUGAUAUCCAUUCAAACAGUUCAGUGGAAUCUCUGGUCCAGCUAUUUAGCACAGUCACUGUCCAGUACUCCUCAGUCUGGUCGAAGGACAUGAUUGCACUCUUACGGAAGCUAUUGGCGGUAAACCCGGAAAAUCGCUGCUCUUGCCUACUUGAUAUUCAAACAUCAGCAUAUUUAGCAAAUGUCGUCUGGGAAGAUAUUCUGGAGAAGAAAGUGGGACCAGGUUUUGUUCCAAAUAAAGGUCGUCUGCACUGUGAUCCCACAUUUGAAUUGGAAGAGAUGAUCUUAGAAUCAAGACCGCUACAUAAAAAGAAGAAAAGGCUGGCCAAGAACAAGUCCAGGGAUAACAGUAAAGACGGUUCACAGUCUGAUGACUACCUGCAGGAAUGUCUAGAGGCCAUUCAACAAGAAUUUGUCAUUUUCAAUCGUGAAAGGCUGAAGAAGGCUGCAGAAAUGGGAUCUCGAUCAGGCCUGGAUUCUACAGAUGAGGCAGAAGCAGAAGGUGAAGCUGAGGCAGACAUUGAAAAUGAAGCUGAAAGUUCCACGCUCAACAUGUGCCGCUCAGUUUGCUCCUCAACGGGCAGCAUCCAGUAGUGAAGUGCUGAGAAGAUUACCCUAAAGAUUGGGGGGUCGUGAAUGUCAGUCUCAGGUUGCUGAUGUGAACUUUGAUACAGAAACAAACAGUGCAGCCAAACAGAGCUGAAGUACUGGAUCAGUCGAUAAGGUGCACUUAACUAGUGCUGAUUCCUAUAUAGUGCAGCUCUUGGUUGCUUGUUUCACUCAGAACUUUUAUAUUCAUAGCUUCAUUUAGAAGGGUGACCAUGGCUAUGUUAUAACUUGGAGAUUUUAAGAAAUUGCUUCUUUACAACUAAAGUUGCCUUUUUAAUAGAUCACUCUUGCAAGAUAUUUGGAUGAUUUUAAGUAACUACAUUGAGGUAUCAUCGAGGAAAGAUUAAGAAUUACGCAGCGAGCCGUGUAGAGAUACAAACCACCUUAUUCUAAAAUGGGAUUUUCCAUGGAAAGAUUAAAAACGUUUAUCUUGGUGGUGAUAUUCGACAUUCUAAUGGUUGUUGCUUAUGGUCCUGGCCUGGUGCAACAAGAGCAAUUCGUUACCAUCUCCCAUAAGGAGGGGCACCUGACCCUCAACCACCCACCUUGUAGAUAAAACGCUUUGUCUUGCCUUCACCCCUGUUUAGAGUUUUAUGGACACAAUGCCAAGGCCUAGUCUUUGAAAGCUAAGGCCAUGAAAGUCUCUUAGGCAAAAAUGUGUGGAGAAUACUUUUUUAAGACAGUUUAGGUUCUUUAGGACUGUUCUCUGGAGAUCAAAAGAUGAAGUGUAAGACCAAUACGUACCGAGUAAGCAGUUGCAGUUUUAUAGAUAUUAUACAUUUUUAUGGCAUGUAUGCCUUGUUUAGUUACAUGGCUUGUGGUUUAUUCUAUGUCCCUAGAGGAAAGAGCUGUAGAUAAUACCCAAGAAACAAAGUUUUGGGUUUUCCUGAAUGAUUGCUGAGCUGACUGCACUUGGGGAUGUGCCAGUCCAGGAGCACCUCACAGUAGACAUGUGCACAUUGAAAUAUUUUGUUUCGGAAUUUCGUUUUCGUUCAAAAAAUAAAUUAAUU